GACGACAUGCAGGGCAGGGUGCAGAGCGCAGGCGCACUAAUCUCGGAGGCUCCGGAGUGGGGGUUCAGGAGCUGGGUGGCCUGACCAUGGCGCUCAACAGGAACCACUCAGAGAGCAGAGUGAUUGUCAACAAUACAGAGAACAUUCUAAUGACCUAUGAUCAUGUGGAGCUCUCCUUCAGUGACAUGGAUCAUAUGACAGAUCCCUUCAAAGGAACCAAGAAAGGCAGCCUCUAUUUAACUCCUUACAGAGUUAUUUUUCUGUCCAAGGGGAGAGAUUCCAUGCAGUCAUUCAUGAUGCCAUUUUACCUAAUGAAGGACUAUGAGAUCAAGCAGCCUAUGUUUGGUGCAAAUUACAUCAGGGGAACAGUGAAGGCAGAAGCAGGAGGUGGCUGGGAAGGAUCAGCUGUUUACAAAUUGACCUUUGCAGCAGGAGGUGCCAUUGAGUUUGGACAGCGAAUGCUACAGGUCGCCUCCCAAGCUUCAGUCCCUAAUGGAGCUUAUGAAUACUCUUACAUGCUCAAUGGAGCCUAUGCUUUUCCCAUGCCAGCCGCCAAUGGAAUGUACCCAAACCCUCCAAGCUAUCCCUAUGCUCCACCUCCACCUGAGUUUUAUCCAGGAUCUCCUAUGAUGGAUGGAGCUAUAGGGUACAUGCAGCCCCCACCACCUCCAUAUCCUGGGCCCAUGGAGCCACCUGUUGCAGGUGGCCCUGAUGUACCAUCUACCCCUGCAGCUGAAGCAAAAGCUGCCGAAGCUGCUGCCAGCGCCUACUAUAAUCCUGUCAAUCCCCAUAAUGUCUACAUGCCCACGGAUCAGCCCCCACCACCUCCAUACUACCCCCCAGAGGACAAGAAGACCCAAUAGAUGCACCUACAGUCUCCUCAUCACUCACUUGGUCCCUUAUUCCCCCAGAGCUGAGUUUGGAUUUGGUGGGGAGGCUUUUGUCAGACCUGACCUUUCCCUCUAGGUCUGUGUGUAGAUAGCAGUAACAAACAUGGAGAGAAAGGGAGUAGCUUGGGAGAGUUCCAGCUGGCCUAGAGACACUAAUACCUCUCCUCCACCUUCGUCAAUGGGACUUUCCAUUGGAGUCGCCAUUUCCAAUUUACUCCUAUUGCAUUAACACAGCAUCCCAUAAAAGAGGGAUGGUUCCUGUCCAGCUUCUCAGCUUCUCCCCAGAACUCUUAUUUUUUUUAUUUUUUCAUUCAUUUUGGACUAUACUUGUGGCUCCUCUCAGCUCAGAUCAGCAGAAUUAUCUUUCUCCCAGCCCUGGGAAGUUGGUUUGAACUCAUGGCCUAAAGGUCCCCUUCCAGUUCCUAUCCACAUUCCAUCACCACUCUCCAGCUACGAAGCCCAGUCCAAGUUUCCAGUGUGAUACAAGAUUGGACAGUGGCUUGCCCUCAAGAGCCCCAUCUUUUCCAUUCCUCUCCCUUUGGGGUAUCACAUCUGUUCAGAUUUCCCUGGUUUUUUUAUAGCCCCACCACUUUGUUGUGGGUUUUGAUUGUGAGCCUGGGAUACCCAGGGUGGAUACCCAGAGGGGGAGGGGGAGGGGAGGGAGGAGAAUAAAGGGAAGACUGCUCAGCUGGGGAGAAAACAUAUAAAUGAUUGCUUGGCUUUGCUCCCUUGUAUUCCUAACUCAUGCUUUUAGAGGGUCUUGAGGAUCCCUCCUGUGCUCUGUGAGCUGCCUAGGCUCAGAGCUAAAGAUUGCACAACCUUUCCCACCCUCCUUAGGGCUCCUCGCUGGCGGAAAUCAGGUGUACCUGGGGCCUGGAUUAGUCCUGAGUAAAAAGUAUCUGUUGUCAGUCCCAAUUCAGUUCUCAUCUCUUUAAGCUUCUUGCACCUGAUUGGUGACUCUCCCCUGGAUGCACUAACUUCCUUUGAUUUCCUCUUACUGGCCAGAGUGUGAGAAGAUCUUUAUUUAAAGAGAACUCCCUAUUUAUUUGAACAAAAAUCCGGUUAACAUAUUAAUGUGAAAUAAACCCUCUUGCACCUUGAUUUGUUUGCCAAAACUAUGAUGCAGUAAAGAUGAAGUAGCUUGACAAAAAAGAAAAGAAAAGAAAAGAAGAUGGAAAUACACAUUAAGUGCUAUAAAAUGGUUCAUACUCAUUAACCCAAGGAUUCCAUUAUUACGAGCAUUAUUGAGAGGGUAAAAAACUGAGUAUAUAUGAAAAUAUUCAUGGCACCUUUGUUUGUAAUGACAAAAUAAUUCAAAAUUACACAAAUACAAUGGUUGGAGGAAAUGACUAAAAAUAUUGUGAUAUCUGAAUGGAACCGAUUGUAUUAUGUUAUUAGAAAUGAUAAAUAAUAGCAAUAUAAGGGAAAUAUAUGAAGAGAUAAAAGAGAAUAAGAAGAAUACAUGCUAUGAUUACAUUUAUUAAAAUAAUAUAUAUCCACAAAAUCAGGAGAAAAAAGUAAAGUAAAACAGAUCCAAAAGGAACUCAAAAGCAGAGAAUAUUUAUAUUAGCACAUAUACAUAAUUCACAGUUUUAAACAAAUGUGAACAAUGUGGAAUUUGUAGUUUUGCACAUGAUUUUUCAUCUUACAUUUGUUUAUUUGUUGUUGUUGUUGAUAGUUAUUAAAUAUAUGAUAUAAUAACAAAUAAUUUAAAUAAUAAAAAGUUUCCAUAAAUUUCUCUGGGGGCACCCAGAGAGUUUCCUGAUUGCCCUAA